AUCCUGCUCAGCACCAAAAAAAGGGGAAAAGCGUCUUGAUUGGCAUCACUUCUAUCUUGGCUUACCCUCCACGACGAUCAUCGAUCAGUCACAAUGAGCUCACCUCAGCCGGAACGACAACCUUUGAUCGGCAGAAGGAGAUCGUCACAAUUCCUAUCAGGGUCUACACGAUCAAAGAGCUUCAAUGUGAAUGAUGAAUAUGGACAUGCAUAUGGUUCAAUAGCACGAUCAAAUCAUGGCAAUGAUGACAACGACAGCGAUCAUGAAGAAACAACAAAUGGCAACCGAUCAGAAGCAGGUACAGAAGACGAAAAUAGAGCACCUACACCUCUACCCAAAAUGCAAAUAUUCGUCUUGUGUGUAAUGCGAUUAAGUGAACCGAUUGCAUUUUUAUGCAUCUUACCAUUUAUACCCAAAAUGUUACGAGAAAAUAUGCCAGACGUACCUAGAUCGCAAAUUGGAUAUUGGGCAGGCUUAAUCGAAAGCGUUUUUGCAAUCGUUCAAUUUGCUACUGUAUUCUUAUGGGGAAGAGCUUCGGAUACAAUUGGACGAAAACCUGUUUUAUUGAUCGGCUUGUUCGGCGUUGCACUUUCAAUGAACUUUUUCGGUCUUGCAAAAACUUUACCACAAAUGAUCAUCGCUCGGUCUGUGGCAGGUUUCAUGAAUGCAAACAUGUCUGUUCUCAAGAGCACAUUGGGUGAAUUGACUGAUGAAACCAAUCAAGCGAGAGCAUUCAGCUUGCUGCCUUUAUGCUUCGCACUUGGCUCUUUGAUCGGACCGGCAUUGGGAGGAGCACUGAGUAAUCCCGCCAAGCGAUUCCCGAUCUUCGAAGAUUGGGAAUUCUUGAAAAUGUAUCCGUACUGGCUGCCAUGCUUUUGUGCGUCAUUGUUCUGCUUCCUUGGCUUUAUUACCGGAUACUUCUUUUUAGAAGAGACUUUGCCCUCCAAAAGGCGAUUGAAAGAACAAGAACAAUUGGCCAAAGAAAGACCACCUCCCUUCCGACAGUUACUCACACGUCCAGUCGUUUUGGCUUUGGUGAAUCAAGGAAUGAUUAAUUUCAUCAAUAUUUGUUAUAUCGCAGUCCUUCCGCUGUUUUGUGAUACGCCAAUCGAAAUGGGAGGAUUAUCGCUCAAUGAAGCGCAAAUCGGUACAUACUUGGCAGCAAAUGGAUGUGUGACAAUCAUCGUUCAAUUAUUCUUGUUCCCUUGGUUGGAACGUAAAUGGGGCGGACCAUACAAUACCCUUCGGAAAUGUCUGUCACUUCUUCCGAUGGUAUUUGCAUGUUUCAUUUUGGCACACUUUGCCGGAAAAGCCUUUGGGUUCAAAGCAGUCGUUGCUUCAUUGGCCGUGCUCUUAUUGGUUAGAGGUGGCUCUUCAAUGAUGAUCGUUAGUUCAAAUUUAUGCAUUAACAACGUUGUCCCUCAUCGAAAUGCUCUGGGAAGCAUUAAUGGUAUGAGUCAAUCAAUGGCUUCUCUUGCAAGGGCAAUUGGUCCGAUUGCGGCAAAUAGUGGUUAUGCUUUUUCUAUCACUGCUUUCAAACACGUUUUAGACGGUCAAUCAAUUUGGAUCGUACUUUGCUUAAUCGCUUUUCUUACUUGGUUCAUCUCUGCAAAGAUGGAAGUACCUCGCCGAGCUGCAUGGCGA